CUACACCUUCACAUAUAAGUAAAUUGUAGGUAGAUGAGAAGACACCUUGCCAUGGUGUCACAGCCAAGAUAUGGGACAUCAGCUGAUGGUUCAUCAUACUUUUUAACCACAUUGUGCGUUAGAGUUAAACAUUCAUAUGUGUGUUUUUUCAUUCACAUACAGGUACAGCUACAUGAUCGACAAUGUGAUCCUGUUGAUUACUGGCACCCUGCACCAGCGCUCCAUUUCCGAACUUGUGCCCAAAUGCCAUCCCUUGGGAAGUUUUGAGCAGAUGGAAGCUGUAAACAUCGCACAAACACCUGCAGAAUUAUACAAUGCCAUUCUUGUGGACACUCCACUAGCUGCAUUCUUCCAAGACUGCAUUUCAGAACAAGAUCUUGAUGAAAUGAACAUUGAAAUUAUAAGGAACACAUUGUACAAGGCUUAUUUAGAAUCCUUCUACAAAUUCUGCAAAGGACUAGGAGGAACUACUGCAGAUGCUAUGUGUCCUAUCUUAGAGUUUGAAGCCGACCGUCGGGCGUUUAUAAUCACAAUUAAUUCAUUUGGCACUGAACUUUCCAAAGAAGACCGCGCCAAGCUGUUCCCUCACUGUGGGAAAUUGUACCCAGAAGGCCUGGCCCAGUUGGCGAGAGCUGAUGACUAUGAGCAGGUCAAAGCAGUAGCUGACUAUUACCCAGAGUAUAAACUGCUGUUUGAAGGUGCGGGAAACAAUCCUGGUGAUAAAACCCUGGAGGACAGGUUCUUUGAACAUGAGGUGAAAUUAAAUAAACUGGCCUUUCUAAACCAGUUCCACUUUGGGGUAUUUUAUGCCUUUGUAAAGCUAAAGGAGCAGGAGUGCCGAAAUAUCGUAUGGAUUGCAGAGUGUAUCGCCCAGAGGCACCGAGCCAAGAUUGACAACUACAUUCCUAUCUUCUAG